CCUUAUCUGUUCCAGGAAUCAGAUGGUCAGGGCUGUCCGUUCUGUCGUUGUGAGAUCAAAGGCACUGAGCCCAUCAUUGUUGAUCCCUUUGACCCCCGAAAUGAGGGCACCAAGUGCUUCUUCCUGGACCAGCUCAGCUGCCCCCUGCUGGAGCUGGAUGAGGACGAGGACCGAGAGGACUGCCUGGUCAUGAAUGGACUGGCCAACAUCCGAAAGCACUGUGCAGAGCGGCAGAACUCCCCCAUGGUGUCUCCCAGCUCUUCCCCUCUCAGCCAACACAGAAAGGUCCACGGGGGAGACCCCCAUUGCGUGCAGCACCUUGGCCUCCCCCCCGUCCCGCCACGACUCGACCUCAUCCAGAAGGACGCCAUCCGCUCUCCAUCGGCCAGCCCCACCGGCUCGCCCAAGUCUUCACCAGGCAUGUCCAGGAAACAGGACAAGCCCCUCCCAGCACCACCUCCUCCCCAGAGGGAACCACCUCCACCCCCUCCCCCUGAGCGUCCACCUCCCAAUCCCCCAGAGUCGCGCCAUUCCUGGGUUCCAAGUUCUUCUCCCUCGUCAUCUUCCACCGGCAUGUUGUCAGACUCACAGCCCCCCCCUGAGACACGGGGUCCCAUAGGAUCAAAGCCCCUGCCCCAGCUCCGGCACAAUGGCCCCUCUCACCCGAACGGAAGACCGCUCAGUUGUCCCUCUGCUGGAUUUGGGAGGUUCCAUCAGCGAAUGGAGGGGGCUGGCCCCUCAGAGGGCUCCAAGCCCUUCUCUAAUGGUGUGCAGCUCAACGAUGAGUAUGACAUCCUGCCCUCACGGCAAUCACCAACUCAGACCAUGCUAGCCAGUAGCCACAA